GUUUUCAAAUUUUGAAAUUUGAAUGUUUUGUUGAUAGUAAAAACUAUUGAAUUCUUUUCAAAUAUAUUUUACAUGUAAUCAUGACGGCUGGGAUGGUUAGAGUUCCUACGAUUGUGCCGCUGCGGCCUCCAUCAAGCAGCAGGAAAAAUAUGAUCGAUACAAGAACUCCGAUCGAAAUACAUUCAGAAACUCCUGGUUCGUUGAUCUACUAUACCGUCAAUGGAACGAAGCCAGAUCCAUUUCAAAAGAUUGGGGAAAAGUAUACAUAUAAAUAUUACAAGCCGUUUGUUCUUGGGCCAGGGAAGAGAACGGUCAAAGCUAUGGCAACAUCAAGUGAUGGAACAAGGGAGAGUCCUAUUGUGACAAAGAUGUUUCUGGUGGAAGAGGCAAUUCAAGAUCAACAUGAUGAAGCAGAAAUGUCCGAAGAAUUCCACCAAGGCAAACAGCGAACUGGCAAUCUAUCAAAUUCUUUGAAAAAUCUUUCCCUGAGCAAACAAUCUCAAAAUGGCUGGACAAAUUACGACGAGGAAAGACGAUCAACAAACAGUGGACAGAGGAAGUUAAAAAGCGACAGAUUCGGCCAACGCGAAGACGUUCGUUCUCCCGAGUAUUUGAGUUUACUGUUGGACCGCUCUCACGGAGGUUCGUUCCAGAAUACCCGCGAUAGGACGCCACCCGACGCUGAAUUUAGCAAAUGUAUUUACUGUUUUGCUCCACGACCCUCGGAUCCGUACUCGACAUAUUGUAACGACUGUGGCUCGUUACUUCCUCAACCAUCGUCCUCACGACUGCCUCCCCCACACUCUGAAAAGCUUGCGUUGUGCAAAAUCUGUCAUUCCAUGGUGCCUCUUAAUGCUCCAACGUGUGUGGUCUGCGAGGCCGCAAUGUCGCCACAACGGAUACCAAAAGGGUCGCCCAGGUCACCUGAUAAGCUAGUUUGUGAAGUCUGUGAUACGGUGAAUCCUGUCGACAUGACAAGAUGUAUUGCAUGCGACAGUCAACUGCCACUAAAAUCUAAGCAACAACCGUCUAGAGUUUCAGCUCCACCGCUGCCCAAAGAGAACGAGGCUCUGAUCACGUGUUCAAAUUGUUUUCGUGUUAACAGUGGCGAGGCUCGCUUCUGUGAUUGGUGCGGAUCAAAGCCCGUUCCAUAUACCAGUUAUCUGACAUGUUCAAGAUGUAAUGGUAAUAAUCAACCUUACUCCAAGUUCUGUGCUUCGUGUGCCUGCCACAUUGACCCCCCACCUCGUGCAAGCAAAUUAGACUCGGUGCUUGGUACUUGGGUUGAAAAAGGCAGAGUUCAAGAGAAACUAAGUUCAAGCAAGCUGACAACAUGGAUUCCAGUGGACGUCCCGCGAUUGUCUUGCGAGACUGCGAAUCAAGCUACUCAGACCGGCGGUUUGUUCUAUCCUUCAAGUACUUCACUUAACAAGCAACAAAAGAUGGAGGCUGAUGAGAGGGCCAGGGUAGAACACCUGCGUGACAGGAAGCCAUUGUUGGGCGCCGUGAGCCCUGGAAGAGGCUAUUGGCGGCAACAGAUGGAUCAUAUAUGUUCUCAUUUGAGAGCGCAUGCUCAGAAUAACCCUGAGUUCCGAGCUAUGAUUGGAGAACCAAGAAUUGGCAAGCUUGUUGCUACAACGGUUCAUGAGGAUUUUGAUGGAGAGGAACUUACGUUAACGGUCACUUUUACUCGACGCGAAGCUGACAACGUUCAAAGCAAAUUGAAGCUUACAAGCAAAGAUUCGUCUACAACACGAAUUGGAAAGAAACUUGAUGUCGAGGGAAGCUCGAACAGUUUCGGCAGCUCGGACGCUCAAGGCAAAAAGACGAAAACUCCAAAACGAAAUGUGAAAAAGAAAGUCACUACAACAAAGUCAAAAGAAAGUGUAUUAUCGAACGAAACAAGAUCGUUGUUUAAAGAGCUCAGCAAAUCCGGGGAGGGAAGUCCUGAGGAGAUUGAACGACUGAUAAGCGAGGGUGCCGACGUGAACGCGGAAAACGGCGACGGCGUCGCGGUUCUCACGAUGGCGGUCUUACAUAAUCACAUCGAUUGUAUUCCGUUAUUGGUCAACGAAGGUGCUGAAGUGAAUCAUCAAUCGGCGAGCAAAGGCAACACAGCCCUGCACGAGGCGGUCCUGCAAGGGUCAAAUGCCCGGCAAUGUAUCGAUGUUCUCCUGGGAUGUGGCGCGGACACGAAGAUAACAAACAAGGCGGGUGAAUCUGCGUAUGACUUGGCUGUCAAGUCUGGGAACGAGAGCAUUAUCGAGAAGUUUACGACAAACCUUGGGCACGAAUUACUUCAGAAAUUAACAAAAACCUAAUGAUUUGACAUGCAAUCAUAACUAGAUUUUACGUAAAUAACUGGGAGAUGUAACAUGGUCGUUAUAAAUAAUAAACA